AUUACAACGGGAACGAGGGCACCGUCGCGCCGUCACUCGACUGGGAGGUCGCUUUGGAUUUCUGACAAGUGGUAGGCAUGGCCGCGAGCGGCGGGAGGCAGCGCUUGGCCGACGCGGUGAAGCAGGUCACCAAUUCAAACUUCGCCGACGCACUGAAGCAGCUCAGAGCCCACGUCGACCAGGCGGACUUCGUAGCAGUCUCCUGCCGCAAGACAGGCGAUUGUGCCUCUGCCUCCAGCCGCCACCCUUGGCGUCGCGUCCUCCCCAUGGACACUCCUGAGAUCGCCUACCUCAAGGCCAAGCUCGCAGCCGAGUCCUACGAGAUCCUCCAGUUUGCUGUCUGCCCCUUCAGCCUCAAAGGCUCCAAAGUCAUCGCCUUCCCGUUCAAUUUCAAUUUAUUUCCUAGAGAUCGACUAAAUUUGGGCAUGCCUUCCUAUAGCUUCUCUUGUCAAACUUCAUUUCUAACCUCUAUGGCUCAUGAGGGGUUUGAUUUUAAUGCCUGCAUAUAUGAUGGUAUUUCAUACUCAUCCAGGGUACAGGAAUCUAUGGAUAAAGAAAGAAAUCGUUCUCCUCAUAUCCAAACACCGAAUUCCUGUUCAACCACUUCAGUUGUUGAUUCGAUUUUUAUGUCCAGAACUAAAUCAAGAAUUGAGCUCUGGUUGAGUACUAGUAAAAAUUCAAACAGCAAAACUGAUGACGGAGAACUUUUGAUGUCCCUCCGAAAGCUUAUACUGGGAACUGACCUAUAUGGCACAAGACCUUCCAUGAGGAUUGAUGUCUGCAGUGAUCGUCAAGUUCAAUUAGUAUUGCAGACCAUCAGUCGUAUUUCUGAUCAUAUUGUACCUCUGGUGAUUCCUGAUAAAUCUGGGCAGCCUAGGGCUGUACAUGUGGUGCUUACUUCUUCAGAGGAGGAUAAGAGUAUUCUCAUGAGUGAGAUCCAAAUUCUUGAAGAUGAGCACAACUUGAAGGUACGUGGAUUUCGUGAAGUGAUUGAUGUCAUCUCCAGUUCCAAUAAGCCAAUUAUUGGUUAUAACUGCCUACAUGAUUUCACUUCUAUUCAUUCAAAAUUUGUUGCUCCUCUUCCUUUGACAUUCAGUGAAUUUAUGUGUUCCUUGAGGUUGGUGUUUACCAAUAUACUUGAUAUCAAUCAUUUGUCCAAGGAAAUUGGUGCUUUAAGAAAAGCAAAGAGUCUGCCUUAUGCUCUAAGUUAUUUAAAGAGACAAUUUUCUGUGCCCAUUGAUAUUGAACUUCCUGCAGAAGAUGAAGGUUGUACCACUAAAGCCCAUGGAAAUAAUGUUCUACGGAUAACUCAUUUGUUUGCCAUCCUUUGCACACUACUAAAACUAUUUCCCAAUGGAAUUGUCGAAGAACAAUACAUAAAGGCCAUUGAAGAUUAUUUAAAUAUCUUAUAUCCCAGCCAUACUACGAUACAAGAAUCUGAUGAGGAAGACCCUAGUUUCACAAAGGAAAAUGUCAGGGCUACCAAUACCAAUGACUUGGUGUUUUUGUGGGGAUAUGGUCAUUUGACUGCCAAGGAGCUAAAACAUAGUCUACGAGAAGCUCACGAUGUGUUUAAGGAAGACUUUGAGUUGCGGUUCAUGGAUAAGAGUUGUGCAGUUAUUGUCUUUUACAGAGCAGGAUCCGCACAGGUUUUACUAGAGUCAAUGGCAUCGGCAAUGUUCUGUUCAGAUGGUUUAUCAAAAAUGAAAUCAGAGGGGCUGAAAGCAGCAGGAUAUCAAUGUUACAAGAAAGUUUGCAGAUUAGGCCUUUGGGACGCAAACUUAUCCGAUUCAUUGGAGAAUGUAAUGUCGGAUCCAGCAGGCGGUAUUUCAACUUUUUCUGAGAAAGAUGCAUCCGAGGUUUCCUGGACAAGUGAGUAUGCGAUCGAUCUAAGUGACCUUUAGAGAUUUUUAGGAAUGAGAAGUGCAAGCAAUGAAAAUUUCAAACAGAUUGUCAAAGAGUAUAAUAAACAAUGCUGAAACAGUGAAAAUUGAUAGUAGCUAAACUAAGUUAUGCUGAAGCUGGCAAUCAACCCGGAGCUGCUCAAGUUCUGUUAACGGUUGCCCUUCGGGGAAGAUGCUACAUGCUGACUUCUUUUGCUGCUACACAAAAUCUGGAUCAAGAAAAUGCUGUUUUACGCUGGAAGGCAAUGGAAGCUUUUUGCUGAAAUUGGUUUGUUACAAGCACUUUGGUACCUUCAAAUAACUUUUUCAAUUUCAUGAGUAUGUAUGUGAUUACAGGAAUCGGACACAAGUUAUAUAAAUUGCCAAUCAAAAUAAUCUUAGGAAAAAAAUCAACUUCACCAGA